CUGGCCGCCGAGGGGCGCGUCCUGCGAGCCGUGCUCUACGUGUACCACAGCAGGCUGCUCCGGCACCGCUCCUUCCUGGCCCUGCAGCAGGUAGAACAAUGCUUGAAACGCCUAUGGAAAAUGAACUUGGUGGGCUGUAUUGAAACUCUGGCAGAGCUGAUUCCCAAGAAAAAUACUUCUCAAACCCAUGCAGAGUGCCUAGUUCCCAGCCAGCCUAUGCUGGAAACAGUAGCUCUGAAGGUGUUGGGAGGUUGCAAGCUCAUACUGCGUCUACUGGACUGUUGCUGUAAAGCUUUUCUCUUAUCUGUUCAACAUCUCUGCUCGGAAGAAUUCAUACUUAUGAACACUGUGGCUUCGGGGUUGUUGAGCCGUCUAUGGAUUCAGUACAGGUGUGUAUUGCAGAGCCUCAUGUCCCUGUAUGGCACGUUGUCGACAUCGCUUCAUCUGGUAUCUGAGACCCAACAGAUGCCUUAUAUCAAGGGGUUUACCUUCCCUUCUGAUAUCAGUGACUUCCUUGGAGUUAACAUUUCUUCUGAGGUGAAGAAACAAAAGGCUAGAAUGCUUACAACAAAAAAACCUACCAGCUGGCUGAAAAAGCAUUUCCCAACAAUGCCAGAGGCAGUGUCAGAGGUUGGGAAAAAGAGAAAUGUUGCAACCUGUGUGAGCACUGUGAAAAACUGUAGCAUCCCACGGCCCGCAGACAUCGGAGAGCCAGUUCCAGUGACCAGAGCCAGCAGAGGGAAGCACCUGGGGUUUGAUGUGAAGAGCUUACUCAGACCAUCCAGACCUCCAACACAAGAGGGUACCAGGGUUGCAUCAACACCUUUUAAAGCAAAGCCAGCAUCACGUAUAGCAAAGCUGCAGCACACUGGACCUCUUGUGCAGAUGGUCCAAACAGCGGCGUCGUUUGGCGAACUGUCGGAGGCCCUCAGAAAAGCUGUUCUGUGGUGCAAAGGCAACAAACUGAAGUCAGCAGCUUAUUUUCUGCGUAACAAGUUGUUGAAAAGCAACCGGCUGCACCACGUGGAGGCUCAAGGAUGCAGCUUGAAGAAGAAACUGUGCUGUAUCAAAACAUCUGUCCGUAAAUACCUCCUGUAUGGCUCCAAAAAUGCACGCUGGCCAAAGCUGUACCUCAGGGCACGGUUCUGUCAAAGGAGGAUCAAAUCAUCCACGUCCUUGAAGAGAACUCUGAAGACACUUCAGCAAAAACCUUCUGAGCUUUCCGGGCUCUGUGAGAACAGUGCAUCGCUCAUCCUCCCAGCUUACCAGGAUGGGCCUCAAAGUUGGGAAGGACGUUCCAGUGUCAAACUAAGCACAUCAGGGACCCCUAAACGGCUGCUGCGGGAAGGAAGCCCUGGCCCUGCAUGGAAAGAUACUGAGAACAUGGAUAUUGAUUCUAUUUUUGCAGCAAUGGGUGUCUGA